CUUUUCUUUUUGAAUUGAAAUUAUUCAGAAAACACAAAAGGAGGACCAAAAGGGCAACUUUUUGUUUUCAUUUUUCCUCAAAUGAUCAAAUGGUGCUUGAGUUGAGCUUUUCAGUAGAUGCAGGUGGGGUCUCUCUGCAGUCCCUUUCAGCAUGCCUGAGCUCAAUCACCCUUACUCUAAACACACUCUUUCCAAACCUAUCCAAGCUACCCAGAAGAUCUUUGUGUUGGUUACCUCUCAGGAAGGGAGAAGCACUUCUCCAAAUCACAUAAAAAAAAAUAGCAAGCCAUCCUAUUAUAGCCUACUAUUGAAAUUUGAAAAGUCCCCUUCACUUUCCAAUUCCUUUUUCUUUCCCUGCCAGUAACAUGUGAGGCUGGUUUUUGUGCUCACAUGGAAAAAACUCUACUCAUAUUGCAUUGAAAAUCACUUACCAAGAAGCACUUUUCCUCAACCAUCAUCAUAAUCACAAUCAUUAUUUCCUGCUUCUUUUUGAAGCUGAAAGGAGAGUUCAAGUUGUCAAUGAUCAUCAAGGAGACCAUCUCAAGCUCUCACUGCAGUAUCUUGUAAGUUCCAAUCUACUAUUCCAGCAUGCAAAAGUUCUCUCUCAUGCUUUGUGUGUCACUUUUGAGCACCAUACUCAUCACUGCAUGUGUAGUAGUCUCUGCAAAUUCUGAUUCAGUGCUGCUGCUUCAAAUAAAAUCCGAUUUCGUCGACCCGAAUGGGGUUCUCGAAAACUGGUCUUUGAGUGCAAAUGUGUGUAGCUGGAAUGGAGUUACAUGUCUUGAUGACCAGGACUAUGUCUUGGGUCUUAACUUGUCGGGCCGAGGGCUGUCCGGUUCGAUCUCUCCGGCGGUCGGACGGCUCGUAUUCCUCGAAUUCCUCGAUUUAUCGUCGAAUUCUCUGUCCGGCCCGAUCCCCCGCGAACUUGGCAUGCUCAAGAACCUGAAAACAUUGCUUUUGUACUCCAAUUCCCUCUCCGGUUCGAUUCCUCGAGAGCUCGGCCUUCUGAUGAACCUCGAGGAGCUCAGAAUAGGUGAUAACUUGCUCUCUGGGGAGAUCCCACCGCAUAUCGGCAACUGCACCGAAUUGGAGAUUCUGGGUCUUGCUUCUUGCCGAUUAAACGGGAGUAUUCCGAUUCAAAUUUCUAAUAUGAAUCAUCUGAGAAUACUUAAUAUUCAGAACAAUAGCCUCUCAGGGCCGAUUCCCCAAGAAAUCGGCUACUGCAGUAAUCUGCAAGUUCUGUCAGCUGCUGAGAACAACUUACAGGGAGAAAUCCCUCAAUCAAUUGGGAAAUUAUAUGAACUGCAAACUCUGAAUCUUGCAAACAACCAACUUUACGGGCCGAUUCCUAUAGAAAUUGGCGAUCUUUCGAGGUUGACUUAUCUCUAUCUACUCGGAAACCGAUUAAGCGGCAGCAUCCCUGCGCAGCUGAACCAGUUGAGUCAGCUGAAGAUUUUGGACUUGUCGAUGAAUAAUCUCUCUGGGACAGUCGGUAUCUCCACUGCCCGCCUCAACAAUCUUCAGUAUUUGGUCCUUUCCAGCAACUUUCUCGAGGGCGGCAUCUCUGAAGAUCUCUGUCCGAAUAACUCGAGCUUGCAAAAUUUGUUCUUAGCCGGAAACAAUUUAACAGGCACAAUCGAGGAGCUACUUAACUGCAAUUCAUUAGAAUCUCUGGACCUCUCAAACAAUAGCCUCAGCGGAGUUAUUCCGUCCGGUAUCGACCGCCUUACGAAUCUCAAGAAUCUCGUGCUUCACAACAAUAGCUUUUUCGGCGUUCUACCACAUGAGAUUGGGAAUUUGAGCAAUUUGGAGAUAUUAUCUCUCUUCCACAACAAUCUGAUUGGUGGAAUUCCACCGGAAAUUGGGAAGUUACAGAAGCUGACGCUUCUUCUCGUAUAUGAGAAUCAGAUGUCUGGGACCAUUCCGAAUGAGCUAACCAACUGCUCGAACUUAGAAGAGAUCGACUUCUUCGGAAAUCACUUUGUCGGUCCAAUUCCGGAUAGCAUUGGAAAGCUCAAGAACUUGGUAGUGCUGCAAUUGAGGCAGAAUGAGCUUUCGGGCCCUAUUCCUCCGAGUUUGGGCUACUGCAAGAACCUACAAGACCUUGCCUUGGCCGAUAAUAAGCUCUCGGGGACCAUUCCGAGCACCUUCGAACACCUCGCGGAGCUCACAUUGAUCACAUUGUACAACAAUUCCCUCGAGGGUCCUUUGCCGGAGUCUCUCUUCAUGCUAAAAAAUAUCAGCAUCAUCAACUUCUCUCACAAUAGACUCAACGGAAACAUCGUCCCUUUGCUCGGCUCAACCGCAUUAACUGUCCUGGAUUUGACAAAUAACAGCUUUUCAGGUGUAAUUCCCUCCGCUAUCGGUGAGUCGAGGAACCUGACCCGACUAAGGUUAGGCCACAAUCUCCUAACUGGUGCAGUCCCUCCUGAGUUAGGCCUUCUCGAGGAACUCGACUUCCUAGAUCUUGCGGCGAACAAUUUAUCCGGCGAAGUCCCGAAUAUGCUGUCAAGGUGUAAGAGACUGACCCAUCUCCUGCUCAAUGGAAAUAACUUAGUGGGUAGUGUUCCUUCAUGGCUGGGGAAUUUGAAUUUGCUCGGUGAACUCGAUCUCUCUUCGAAUGAAUUCAGCGGCGAUUUACCUCCGGAGAUUGGCAACUGCUCGAGUUUACUGAAACUUUCUCUGCAUGACAACAAUGUUUCAGGUGUUAUACCACCGGAGAUCGGAAAUCUCGCCUCACUCAAUGUACUUAAUUUACAAAGUAAUAAUCAUUCAGGCCCAAUUCCUUCGACUAUUCGGCACUGCAACAAGCUCUAUGAAUUGAGGCUUUCUGAGAACUCACUGACAGGAGUAAUACCAGCAGAGAUCGGACAGUUAACUGAGCUUCAAGUUAUACUGGAUUUGAGCAGAAAUCAAUUAUCAGGAGAAAUCCCUUCUUCUAUUGGAAAUCUCAUCAAGCUAGAGAGACUUAAUCUAUCUUUCAAUCGAUUGGAAGGGCGCAUACCUGCUUCGAUCGACCGACUGACAAGCCUACAUCGACUUAAUUUAUCGAAUAAUUUUCUCGACGGUUCAAUUCCUUCUGUACUCUCGAGCUUCCCGUUGAGCUCAUUUACGGGUAACGAAUUAUGUGGCGCGCCAUUGGGUUCAUGUGUCGGCUCACGGGCCUCUGAGAUGAAGAGCUUAUCGACUGCGACGGUGGCGGGGAUCAUAGUAGCGAUUGUGCUUGUUUCGGCAGCGGUUUGCAUGGCGCUUCUUUAUAUAAUGCUUAGAAUAUGGAUGAAUUGGAGGGAAGUUUCUGUGUCAAAUUCAGAUGGAGAAGAGUAUGAGGGGAAAGAAGACAGUAAAUGGCCCAGAAAAGACAACAAAUGGAUCAAAAAAAAUGGGAAGUAUUGGAAGGUGAAGUCCAUGUCUGUGGUGGCUUCUCCUGAUGAGAGGAACAGCUCUUCAUCUGAUUCAUGCAUUCUUGGAGUGAAAAGGGAAGUGGGUGCUUCAGAGAAUUCAGUGGUCUGAAAAAGAUUUGGAAGUUGAAUGCAGUUUAGCUGUUGCAGAACAUUCUCUCUUUCUUUUUCAUUUUUUUUUCUUUAUUUUUGUAGUGUUUUGUUUGGUUGCUGAAGUGGGGUGUGGGUAAAGAUGUGCUGGGUUUUGUAUGUGGAAAUCUAUUACUAUUGUAGUAGUUUGUAGACUCAGUAAAUCAAUCCCUUGCCUUUCUGAAAA